AUGGCUGGUGGACAAGAAAAAUGGUAUUUUACAAAAGAGCAACUACAGAACUCGCCAAGCAGAAAAUGCUGUUUAGAUGCAGAUAAAGAGCUAGCCUAUCGGCAGCAGGCCGCGAACCUCAUCCAGGAUAUGGGCCAGCGGCUUCAAGUAUCUCAAUUAUGUAUAAACACAGCCAUUGUGUACAUGCACCGCUUCUACGCGUUCCAUUCCUUCACACAGUUCCACAGGAAUGCUAUCGCUGCGGCGGCGCUGUUCCUCGCCGCGAAGGUGGAGGAACAGCCUCGGAAGUUAGAAUAUGUGAUAAAGGUGGCCCAUGUCUGCCUCCACAGAGGUGAAGGUGUCAAUGCACUCACCUCGGAACAGUACCAAGAACAGGCCCAGGACCUUGUAUUCAACGAGAAUGUCCUACUACAGACGUUAGGGUUCGAUGUAGCGAUCGACCAUCCGCACACUCAUGUGGUGCGGACCUGCCACCUUGUAAAAGCCCCCAAGGAUCUGGCGCAGACAUCAUACUUUAUGGCGUCAAACAGUCUGCACCUGACCACUAUGUGUCUACAGUACAGGCCCACGGUGGUCGCAUGUUUCUGUAUACAUUUGGCUUCGAAAUGGAGUAACUGGGCGAUCCCCCAAUCACACGAAGGCAGGCACUGGUUCUCCUACGUGGACAGGAGUGUGACUACGGAGCUCUUGGAGCGGCUAACGGCUGAAUUCCUGCACAUAUUCGACAAGUGCCCGUCCAGGCUCAAACGGAAGAUGAUGACUAUGUCUAACAGUGGUAGUUCCCCGCACUCAAAUGCACAUCCCUCCGGCUCGGGUGUCGCGAACUCGCCGUUCGAUAAAAAACAUUCGCUUGUCAACAGCGACGAGAUCGACAAGUCGUUUGAUAAAGAGUACGAACGUGAGAGACGUCGUCAACUCCCCCCGGCUCCGGGCGGUUACGUGCCCGCUACGACCGCGCAACCCGCGCCGCAACCGCAGAAGAUAGACUACAACCUGUAUAGAGAGAAGCGGGAGAGAGAGGAGAGAGAGCGGCGGGAGGAGAGAGAUAGACGGCAACAGAACGCAAACGCUAGAGGUCGUCAAAUCCCACCGGGUCCGAGCGGUUUUGAUCCCGCGGCAACCUCGCAACCCGCGGCGCAACCGCUACAGAGAGAAGCGGGAGAGACCGGAGAGAGGAGACAACAGAGUGCGAACGCGAGAGGUCGCCAAAUACCCCCCGGUCCGAGUGGUUUCGAUCCCGCGGCGACCACGCAUCCAGCAACAACUGUACAACCCGCCACCCAACCACCGCAACCCCAACAGAGAGAAAAGGGAGAACCCGGAGAGAGACGGCAACAGAAUGCAAACGCGCGAGGUCGUCAAGUGCCACCGGGUCCGAGCGUGUUUGAUCCUGCGGCUACGUCGCAACCCGCAGCGCAACCGCCACAGAGAGAAGCGGGAGAGAGUGGAGAGAGGAGACAACAGAAUGCGAACGCACGAGGUCGUCAACCGGGUCCGAGCGUGUUUGAUCCCGCGGCAACCUCGCAACCCGCAGCGCAACCGCCACAGAGAGAAGCCGGAGAGAGUGGAGAGAGGAGACAACAGAAUGCGAACGCACGAGGUCGUCAAGUGCAACCGGGUCCGAGCGUGUUUGAUCCCGCGGCAACCUCGCAACCCGCAGCGCAACCGCCACAGAGAGAAGCGGGAGAGAGUGGAGAGAGGAGACAACAGGCAUUACAAAGACCAAUUGGGGUAGCCCAACCGAAUACAAGGCCAAACCACCCGCCACCACAUCACAGGCCUGCAUCCUCCCAACACCACAAACCCCACCAUCCCUGGCCUCACAAGCCUCCCCAUCACAAACCUCCGCACGACCAUAGACACCACAGACAAAUGCCCGGACCAUCGACAAGUGGUCCACAUCCUCCAACUGAGGUUCCCCAAAAUGUACCUCAAAGGACGCGUCCGCCAUCUUUGUUUUCACCCGAAAACGCGUCAACUCCGUCCGCUUCUGCAGCGGCCGCGUCCGCUCCGAGACGACCCAACCCACCCCAACCUCAAAGGCCUAUUCCAAGACCCGAACAGAGACCUCAAAACUCAAACACCCCUAUUCAACAAGCCCAACCGAAUAUCCCCGAACAAAAGCCCCCAAGUCCGCACAAAAAACGUCCAGACCCCACAGCAGUCGUCCGAGACAUGCAACCCCCAGCAAUUCUAUCCCCCUUUUCGUCACCACCGAAUAAAAUGGUCGACAAAAGACAAAGACUGCCAUCCAACUCCGAACCUGAACUAGUACCUGUAGUUAAAAAAAUAGAUGAAACUCCCGGAUAUGAAAAUGUGAUACGAGACUCUCAAAGGGGAAACGCCAUCAAAACCAGGCCACCCGAAAGGAAACCUGAAUCUUCUAGACCUCUUAACGGCAUCGAGACAGACCCCACCCUAGUUUCAAAUUUACUCAAAGAGAGUUUGGCUAAACCUGCUCCAAUUACUGUACCUGUGGAGAAAAAGUCUCCGAUAGAAAUUAAAAAGGAACCAAUCGUUGAACCACCCCUUCAACCGGUCGUACCACAAGUUGUACCCCCAAUGGCUCCACCCCCACAAUUCGAACCCCCACCUAACAUGAAUCCACUACCUCAAACUCAAAACCCACCCCAAAACCAAAACCAAACCCAAUCAGAAGAACCGGAACACAAACACAAGAAAGAAAAGAAAAAGAAGGACAAACACAAACACAAAGACCGCGACAAAUCUAAAGAGGAGAGAAAGAAACACAAAAAAGAUAAAGACAAAGAUAAGGAAAAGAAAGAGAAGGAACAACCGGCCCCGCCCGUUCCCGAAACGGACGGGAUACGAAUAACUAUCCCACGCGAUAAGUUAUCAGCCAGUCCGGGAUUAAAGAUAAAGAUACCGAAAGAAAGAUUGGCGGCGCCACCUCCACCACCAAACGCUGGGUUAAAGAUCAAGAUAUCGAAGGAGGUUCUAGAAACGUCGAGAAAGAGGACUGGAGUCAACGAGCCGGGGCCACCACAGAAAAUGGCGCGGCACGAGGCCCCUCCCGUUAAUAAGGUCGACAGUCUUGGCAACGGGCACCUGGGCAAGUGAUGACGUCACGCGCUACGUGUGUCGGCGUUCCUGCAACAAACGGACCUCACUAGUGUAGUGUAACUACCGGUUUAUUAUUUUUCGUUCCGUUAUUGUGUACCAGGGUGAUUUCGAAGAUAUUAGUCCUAUUUUUUUUUCAGAAAAAUUCUAAAUUGGCGUCAUUUUACAAUUUGACAUUAAAACAUUUUGUUUUCUGGAACUGUUUGGUGAAAAACGCUUUAAAAUCAUUUACUAAAAAUCAAAAACUAUUCUCGUUUGUAUGAUAAGAUCAUAAAAAUUCGAUUCCACCCGGGACAAUAACGGUACAUUUUUUUCAUACUUGUAAACGUUACUCGUUCUCUCAUCACCAUGGAUGAUACCGGUAUUUUUGGAAAGGUGAUACCGCUUUGGGUACCGGUGAACGACCAGACUUGUCUGCCAAACUUGUCUUGUUUGUGCUAUAAACAUUGUUAAAAAUGUCUGUGAAACUGUCAUACAUAUGAGCAAUGCAAUGUUUAUAACAUAAUGUUAGACAUGUUUAUUGAAACACAAGUGUUUGCUACACGACUUUGAUCGUUCACUGAAGCCCCUUUUGGAUCGUUUUGUCAUUUAUUUACUCUGUCAGAGUAUGUGUAAACUUUUUUUUGCAAUAUUUAUAAAAAUCAAAGUAUAAAAUAUAAAAAAAAACAUUAUUUUUGUAUUUUUCAGCGAUUCUCUAUCUAUACGUAUACAUGAUUAAAACGGUCCGUGUGUACUAAACAAAAAAAAAAUUGUGUUUGUAAAUAUGGGAUUUAAAUUAUUUUUGUCCAAUAAAAUUGUACAUAAAAUUAUUCGAACGCGUCUCUUUCAUAGAGUAAUAAUAAUAAAAUUAAUAUUAU